GGGGGCCGCCGCCAGUCAGUUGCCGGCUAGCUGUUGAUCCGUACGGACGGUUCAAUCUCUCCUCCUUCUGCCCCCCGCUCUUCUUCGGUGUUGUCGGUUGUCUAGUGUUUCUCUGUGUUACUGUCUUGGAUUUGGUGGUGUUUUCGGAAUCUUCCGGAGGUUCCGGUAGUGCGUGCGCGGGAUCACCCGGUGUUGCACGUGACUGGUACCGAGUCUGUGCUCCAGUUUCCAGCAAUACAAACAAUGUUCGGAUGAUCUGGUGCGUUUGCGGAGAAAGGCCCUUUCGAAGGUCUGGCCAUAUGUGCUCUGGAUGUUUAUGGUGUUUCACUGUUUUAUGCUCCAGCAGACUAUUAAUAGCUGCCUUGUAGUGUAAACACAUAGCUGUACGGCGUGCAGCGAUAGGUGGUACAGUGCAGCACUUCCUUAUGCGUAAAGCGGUGUAUUGAAGCGGAUUGUUACGGUUGGAUGCGUUUUGGAUCGGGAGGACCCUCUCGAAGAAGAUCCCCAGAGUGACCGGUGAAGACUGGUGAAGACGGAUAAAAGUGAAACCCGAGAAACGAGUUUCGGUGGUUUUCCUGUGGAGUGGUACAAUGGUACAAAGUGCUUGUGGUUAGCUGGUACACAAAAGCCAGCGAUAUCCUGUCCCGUUGUAGUCAAGAAGAUCAUCCUGUGACGAGUGUGACACAAAGGGGAGUUCAAAACUCCCACGCUCGGUUGUGGGCUCCACCCAAGAGAAUCAGGGUGCUGCCGGUUUUGCUCAGCAGACCGUAUUGUGUACUGCUCGUCAGUGUCAGACCUCUCGCGACCUGUGCGUAGGCUGUCGUAGCCCGAAAUUCAACAGAAACGGGGGUGGGACCGUCUGCUCCAAAUAAGUACAGCAAAGUUCCCAGGUAUUAUCUCCCGGUGAAUAGUGUGAUCAGUGUGCGUUCCAUAAAAAUAAAAGAAAACCAGACCUCGCGACUUGUAAAGUGUUGUUGCCUGUUGGUUUUGCACUUGUGAGCUCUACAAUUUCUCAUUUUCCCUCGGCGCGGAAAUUAAAAAAAAACAGUGCCAGAAGCUGAAACGAGGUAAAUCGUAGGAAAAUUUCUUACUCUUUUGUCUUUCUCCGCACUACCGUGCUGAGUAGUGUUCUAAUUUCGAGUUGGCACUUUGCACUAAAUCCCCGCUCCCUACCUUCCUCCUCCCCCAAUCUGAGAGCAUUUCCCUCCCAAAGUAAGAGUAAAAUCCCCCACCGCGUGCGCAGAACAAUAGCAUAAUUGUCACUACAGCUUCAUCUCCGGUCGACUCCCGGAGUUGGGUGUUGUUUCGCAGGAGGUCACCGGCUCUGCUAUCGCAAGUGUGAGAGAUUCGGAAGAAAACAAGAAGAAUGGAGUUUUUAAUCCCACCGCGGUAAUUGGUGCAGCCUCCGCCGCAAACAAUGGGCGAAAUUGAAUCUUUUUUUUUUGUUGUUGUUCCUCUCUUGUUUGGCAUUUUGGUGUGAUUCGCGCGUUUUGCCGCUGCGUGAAGAUGACGGUGUGCUGGAGACGAUGGUGAGAGAGCGACGGGGUGUUAAUUGAAGAUCUGCUGAAUUACCCGGGGAGCAUGCACCGAUCCGUACAAGAGAUUGCGAUGUGUGAUACCGAUUCUUGGUCGGUGUGGACAUUCCCGGCGCAGACUGCGAGCAGAGCAACCGUUAUCGUUGACGUCGUGCCAUCGUCUCUCACCGUCAUCUGGCCAUCAACGCUGGGUCCACUUGACUCCACUUCGUCUGUCAAGCUCGAGUGGAUCCGUCCGUGUCCACAACUCGGAUUCCACGAAGAUAAUUACGCAAAGGCCGGGAGUUCGCCAGCAGCAUCAACAACAGAACAAUAAUGGUGGCUGCGGCCGCGGCGGCUAGACCGAGUGUAUAAUUCAUCAACUUUCAAUCGACCAAUCAAUCAAUCAAUCAAUCAACCCUCAAACUACUCAACCGACCCCCGCUAGAUCAAGAGCAGCCGGCGGGAGGCUGGAGGUCGUUUCUGGGGGGGGGUGAUAAAUCUACCUGGUGAACUACGACGACGACGACGACCGGCAAGUUGUCGGAACUGAGAAAAAAAGAAAGGCCACCAAACUGUAGUGGCCACGUGGUCCACUUUGACGGGGAGUGCCGAGCCGACCGGCAAUUAUGAUGGAUGGGACUAGGCCGGGUUCUAAGAUCUUCAAGUUGCGACGACUCGUGUUACCCGUGGUGGAAGUCGCGCCGUGUACGGCUUAGCCGCGAGUAUAUUGUGCUGAUGCUGCGAGGGCAGGAAAACCACGUGGAGGGAGUGUUUGGGUAAAGUGAGGUGAUUUGGUUUGAAUAGAAUAUUUAUUUUUUUGCUUUGGUUUUAAAGUUGAAGCAGCAAACUGAGAAAAAAAAAGAAGUUGAGGAAUCGUUUUACUCAACUGAAAGAGGUUGUAGUUUGGUUGUUUUUGUAGUAGUAGCACGUGUCAUCGUCGUCAAAAUGUAUUGCCUUUGCCGAUCAUCGAAGACCAUCGCUGUGCGGAUCGUGCUCCUGGAUGAGACCGAUUUUAUGCAUGAGUUACAGGACGAUCUGCCCGGUCAAGCCUUGUUAGAUGUAGUUUUCGCAAGACUGAACCUGAUAGAGACUGCCUACUUCGGGAUACGUUACAUAGAUCAGGAUAAUCAGACGCACUGGUUGGAUCCCGCCUCCCGGCUGUCCCGCCAGCUGAAAGGCAACAAGGUGCCCUACGACCUGUACUUUGGGGUGAAGUUUUACGCCUGCGACCCGUGCAAGCUGGUGGAGGAGAUUACGAGGUACCAACUCUAUCUACAGGUCAAACAGGACAUCCUUCAGGGCCGUCUACCGGUGUCCUUUGAGCUGGCUGCCGAGCUCGGUGCUUACGUCGUGCAAGCCGAACUUGGUGACUAUGACCCCCGCAAGCACCCACUCGGGUACGUUUCCGAAUUUCGGUUGCUCAACAACCAGACGAAGGAAAUCGAGAGCCGGAUCCAUGAGCUGCACAUGCAGCUCAAGGGAAUGGCCCCGUCACAGGCCGAGUUCAACUACCUUGACAAGGUCAAGUGGCACGACAUGUACGGGGUGGACCUGCAUCCGGUGCUGGGUGAAGACAGCGUCGAGUACUACUUGGGGCUUACCCCGGGGGGCAUCGUAGUUCUGCGCAACAAGACUACGGUGGCGCACUACUACUGGCCCCGGAUCGCCAAGGUUUACUUCAAGGGACGGUACUUUAUGUUACGGGUCUGUGAUAAAAAUAACGAAAUUAGCACGUACGGCUUCGAGACACCAAAGAAGACCGCCUGCAAGCACCUGUGGAAGUGCUGCGUCGAGCAUCACUCCUUCUUCCGGUUGGUUCGGACGGCUCCGAUGCAGGCCACAGCUGGCGCCGCCAGCUUGACCUCGCUCAGCUCCAAAUUCAGGUACAGCGGUCGUACGGAGCGACAGCAGGUCAAGGACGUAAUGUCUCUGCAGCGCGCGCCACCGGCCUUCACACGGACUCCCUCGCGGAGGCAACCUCGCCGGAUAGUGGACGAGCACCCGCCCGAGGAGAAGAUCUUCGACGCACCCAAAUACAUCCAGCAGGAAAUCAAAUCCGUAUCAAUACCUCAACCAGCCCAAACGUUUGACAGUCCUUACCGUUCUACUUGCAGCAUCCCAGCUGCGUUGAACACUAGUAGCAAAGCGCACCCACCUCCUCCGGACUCUCCGCGAAGCACCCGAAGCGCCCCCUGGAUGCGAUCCCAGCAGCGUGGGCUGUUCGGGAUCAACUCCAGCCCCAAGUCGGUACGAUCGGCGUCAACGCGGAUGAGCGCUCCGGCGAACCCGAACCGAAUGCGGUCCAGCUCGGUGGAGAGUCACUCGUCGAACGAGUCACGGUCGGGUCGUCGACGGCGACAUCGAAGCCGUCGCGUGUCGGAUAACGAGAGUGAGAUGUCGAGGGGUUCGGGACGGUCUGGACGAUCGCAUAACUCGCACCGGAAGCAUCGGAGACAUCGCUCGAAGAAUAGGAGGAAUCGGUCGGAUACGGAAAGUCGGGAUCGUAGCUACUCGAGUCAUCACAGGUCUACGGAGUCUAUCGAGCUGGUUGAUUCGGGUGAGCAGUGGCUGGAGGUGCAGCGCAAACAGGCGGAUAAUGUGCAGAAGGCUGCGGUGAUCAAGAGCAGUCAGGUGCUGAAGGGAUCGACGCCAGACUCGGGGAUCGUGGCGCAUCACCAUCGGAGUAGACGGCACCGCAAACAUCGCUCUCCGUCGGAGAAGAUUUGGUCAAGCGAGCUGACGAAGCACCUGCAGUUCGAUCUGGUUGACACGACCGGCAUGUCCGAAGAUCAGCUGCGGGAGAUUCCGUACACGGUGGUCGAGACGAGCCAUCACCAUGCGUCCAAAAAGCCUAGCGCCCUCAAGGUACACAAGACUAGUCACAAUGUGCCUCCGAUGCAGCGGAUCGAUCGGAUACGGGAGUUCUCGAAGGAGAAUGUGGCGGACAACAUGAGCGGGGUGAACGGGUCGAUUCGGUCGGCGAGCACGAUCAGCUCUUCGCGGGAUUACGACCGGAACUCGGGGUUGAUCAGAAUGAUGUCCAGCAUGAGCAUGGGCGACUUUAUUUCUCCAACCGGAUCCAGCUUGAGCCCGCUGGACAGUACGGGACUUCGCGUGAGCCACGAGCACACCGAUUCCGGACUGGGAGCCGAUCAGGACUACGCGUACUCGUCGGAGAGAUCCAGUGACAGCGCCAAGUACGGGACGAACAAAUCGUCCGGAGCAUCCGUUACCUCAGCCCAUACCAAAUCUUCCUCGUCGAACAACAUGAAAUCUCAUCACCACUCAGUGAGUAGUAGUAGUACGACGAAUCCCCAAACAACGCGAAAGCCGCCGCUCUGCCCGCAGAGCAGUGGUCGGGUAGGGCAAGUGGGAAAGCCUCCUCAGGGUGUCAUUCCGGGUGUACAUAGCAGUAGCUCCGGCGGUCCCAACAACCGUCUGAUCAAUCAAACUAACACACACUUCCAGAACAAUCACUACACGUUUAGCCUAACGCGCAACUACUCGGCCUCCGGUCAUCACCAGGGAGGUCGGGGGUCGUCCGCCGCUUUCGGGUCUAGCACUGGUUAUGGGUUGAACUCGUACGGUUAUCUCGAUUCUGUCGCGACGCUUUCGUCGGCCUCACCCUAUCACUACUACUACGACGGUAGUGGCUUCCGAAGUACGGCCAACCAACCACCGCAGAUCGGCAGUGGCGGACUCGACAGCUCCCGGCUAGGGUCUAUCCGUGGAACCAAGUCCGACAUCGGAGUCCCCAUCCGACCCAAACGGCACCAUCAUCACCACCAGCAACAGCCUCACCCUCAACAACAGUACAUCACGAACGUUCAUAACUUUAACCGACUCGGUGGUGGUAGCAAACGAACCCUCGGUCCGAUCACCAAGACGGAUUACUUGGAAAAUUACAAGACUGGCGUCGAAAGACUCAAGCAAACUAACAAAAUCAACAACAACAACAACAACAGCCCACCAAAAGACUUCCCCGGCCUGUUGAGCUCUUCGACAUCCGUUCAAAAUAUCGUCAACAACAACUAUCAGCCCCCGCUGCCGAACCUCGGAAGCCCCAGUGGUGAGGGCAAGGCCAAGGUGGGCCCCCUGGUCUAUCUGGACCAGAACCGAAACGGCAGCCCACUGGACGAGGGCGGACGAAGCUUGUAUCAGAGCGUCAGCUCACAGUCGCCAGCCAGUGCGGUCAGUGAAUCCGGUGCCGGCGGCAGGACGAACAGGGUGGCCAGCGGGGAGGAGCAGCGGCCGGGAAGACGGCCCUCGCCGGCAGGGGCUUUGCCGUCGCCCAGCAGCCGGUUGCCACGGCGCGGUGGCAGCGGACUGGACAUUAGCCGGAAAAAUUCCCUCAACGCCAAGCUGGACGAGGCCAACCAGGGUGGCGCAACCAACCGAUCGUCCAGCCUGGAACUCAUACUGAGUCCCAUUAUUCAGAGCCGGCGGGCACAGUAAUCAUCGGUGAAAUGAGCACGGAACUGUAAAUUUACGUGGACAUCGGAGUAGGCCCCGCCGAUGGGACUGGCAACGAAAUCAUCAUUCUUUUUAAUCGUUCAUUUUUUUUUUUUGUAAAUGUACAUCAUGGUAUUCUCUGAGCAUUGCCUACUUUUUGGGAGUCAGCAAACGAAAAAAAAAACAAAAUGAAAUUAUUCAAGUGUUGUGUUUACCUGCUAAGACUUUGAUAAAUGUGUAUAUUUGUAGAACUUAUGAUCGGCCCCUGUUUGCGGAAGCAAAGGGCGACUCUGUAGAUGUUUGAUGUUACAACUCUUGUACUGUAGAACGUCUGCGUGUGGAACUCGGACGAACGCUUCUUUAGGUGUUUUUUAGUAUAUAUCAAAGGCAAAUUUUAAAUGUAUAUUCCCCAUAUUACUUUGCUAGAAUGUGUAUCUCUAUUAUUUAACCAUCAAACAGCAGCAAUUACGUACCAAAUACUAAAAUUUUAGCAUGUUUUAUGUAAGGUAUAUAUUACUCGUAGACGUUACUGCCGAGCAUUCGAAAUUAAAAUCAAAACACACAAUUGUACUUGUUUAACGAAACUUUUUGGAUUGCUCCGCCAAACUAUAGCUCUCAGUGUUGAUUGAGUCUCUUGAACCAAGAAAUAAAAAAAACCACAAGAUUCAAAUCUGUCUCAAGCUAGUAUGUCCAAAAGUGAACGCUGUAAACAUUUUUUUUUUUUUUUUCAAAUCAUUCUGUGUCAAAGUCGAAUCAAAAAUCUAAAUUGGAAACUGGUCAAAUUCGUCCCAUAACCCAACCCUACUUCCAUUCUGUGAACUGAAAAUCGAGCAAAAAUUCAAAAUAAAUUAUGGAAACUUAUUUACGAAACGUAA